AUGGCGAGCCAAGCACUCCCCCCAGCCAAUCUCCCGGAAACUGCUGCCAUGCACGACCGCCAAGAACUCUGUCUUCAGCUCUUACAAAAUGUCAACGCCUCACACAUUCUCGAAAUCUUACCGUCAAAGAUCCAUGACAAUGGCAGUGGUCUCUUUGCAAAGGAAGCGAUUCCCGAAGGAUCGGAGAUCUUCCGGUCGACGCCAUUAGUCACCUGUGUCGCGGACGGCCGACAACAUAUUACUUGCGAUUACUGCUUUGCCAGCAUGGCCCCCAAUUUUAAUGGCAUUGAUAGUAUGAAACCUACAUUCGAUGCGAUAGCGAUACCCGAGAUCACUAUGUGCAUAAACUGCUUCACGAAGUCCUUUGAAGAGUACCACAAAUUCGAGUGUGAUGCUUUAGCUCAGUUUCCAACUGCGGGAUUCUUGACUCGCAUGCUGUAUCGAAUGCUCGCGAUGCAUAAACUGGGAGCUAUCUCGGACCAUGAGGCGGAUGCUCUCCGUCACCUCUGGGGUCACCGGGGACAGAAUCCCUAUGGCGUUAGCAGCGACAUAAUUGUUACCACUGUCACGAAUGUAGAGACCUUGAUACAGUCGGAGCUUGGGGAUGAGAAAAUACAGGAUCUUUAUUGUAAGGUUCUCUCGAAUGGUAUGCUCAUAAAGCCCCCUGGCGAAGAGAGUUACGGAGGAAUGCUCGAUCUCGUAGGGUCCUUGAUCAACCACUCAUGUGAUCCAAACACGGUUAUGGUCUUCGAAUGUGGCCAGCUUCGAUUGCGGUCACUGAAGCCGAUCCGUGCUGGCGACGAAAUAACGCAAACGUACACAGACCUCAAGGCAGGCGUGUUGGUGCGCAGGCAGGAGUUAUCGAUCAGGGCCUCCUUCACCUGCAGUUGUAUCAGAUGCGAAGUAGAGCAUAUGAUAAUCUCCGCUCUGACAACAAAUGAGGGCUUCUCUCUCAAUGACUUCGCUGACACGGAAAUGAAACUUAUUAAUUUGGGGAACCAAGUUUUUACAUACACCGCCGAACAACUAGAGGCGGCCCUCGAUGCCCACACCAGAGCCAUCUUCACCACCCGACCUUGGCCGGAUACCCUCAAGCCCAUAGGUACCAUAAGGUUCUGCCUCGCGAGACUGUCCAACAACCACCUCCAAGCCGCUAUGCACGCCCUCAAAGGCUGCCUCUCAACGACAAAUCGCUCUGGCCCCGAGUGGGUGGACUCCCUGCACGUAUGCCUCCUGUACUUGGAACAAUUUAUAAUCACACCAGGCGCCCCUCAAUUUGGUAUACCUGAUAUGCGGAGAUUUCGGUAUUUCUUCAUUGGGCUCUUGAACGAACUGCUGAUGCAGGCGAACAAGGUGUACGGCAUAGGCACGAGGUACACAACCGCCAUAGUGACGUGGUAUUCCAAUGUGAUAAAUACUAUGGACCAGCCGCGGCCUGGGGAGCAAGGGUUUGUGCGAACAUUUUCGUUGUCGCAGGCGCCCGUGCUGAUGUGGGCGGGGAUAGAGAGAGAGAUGGGUGUUACACUUACGAUUGCAAGGGCAGAAGCAGAAGCGGUGUGACAGAUUGGGACGGCGCUGAUGAGAGAAGGAUGAUUUGGGGAGCUGUAUUUGCAGGUAAUGGUGGCCCGAUCGCGGUUAAUGCCUAGAGUGAGGCUAUGGUCUGGAGUAUUGGGGA